UGAGAUGAUCUACCAGUCUUUUGGAGCCACGUCAUGGUUGGAGAGCACUUGAACCUUCUUUGAAGGCUACUGACUAGGAUCCUGGCUGCGAGUUUUGGAGCCAUAAUACCCUACACUGCCCCGACCUCUUACUUUGUAGAGACCCAGACCAGAGCCCCUAUAGAGCUGACAGGCUGACGCUGGAAGCCAUGCUGGAGGAGACUAGAGAUAGGCCUAAGAUCAAGCUGGGCAUCCGCAAAUGCAAGAAUGCAUGGGGACAAUCGCCAACAAGUGUGACUGCCAAGGCCGUGCUGGUUUCCAGUAAAUGCUUGCGAAGGAGAUCGAGAGACCACUUGGCUUAGCUCCAGCACCUUCUGCGGCCCUCACCUGGAGACCUCUUACCCAGAGACAUAUAGACUGGAUCAUACAGGUGGAGCUAGAGGGGACCCAUGCUGGAGGGAGCCCAUGCUGGAGGGGGCCUACGCUGGAGGGAGCCCACACUGGAGGGAGCCCACGCUGGGGGGGGACCCACGCUGGAGGGGACCCACGCUGGAGGGGACCCACGCUGGAGGAAGCCCACGCUGGAGGGGACCCACGCUGGAGGGGACCCACGCUGGAGGGGACCCACGCUGGAGGGAACCCACGCUGGAGGGAACCCACGCUGGAGGGAACCCACGCUGGAGGGAACCCACGCUGGAGGAAGCCCACGCUGGACGGGACCCACGCUGGACGGGACCCACGCUGGACGGGACCCACGCUGGAGGGGACCCACGCUGGAGGGAACCCACGCUGGAGGGAACCCACGCUGGAGGGGAUCCACGCUGGAGGGGAUCCACGCUGGAGGGGAUCCACGCUGGAGGGGACCACAGGCACAAGACCAGGGGAAUGUGGUAACUGUUUACUUCUUUCUUGAAUGUAAAAAUAUAUCCUAGUUCGGUGUUGAUUUGCAUUGUUCAAGUAUUAACAGUGGCGGAUCAGAUGGGCAGAAUGGGAAGUGCAUUCAUCUUGUCUGUUUUCCUUUUUUUUCACUUCACUUGUGAUAUAUUCAAGACAGAAACUUUUCAACCACAUUGAAUAGCAAGUACAAUGUGCCCUGCUUGAAUGUUCAGGUUUGCAUCCUUUAUUGGCACCCCCCUCAUUUCUGUAAAUGUUGGAUCCGCCACUGAAUAACAUAGUAAUAUUUCUUUUAAUAUGUUUUUGGUAUUAAUCAUAUGUUAUGUGACACAGUAUGUCAAAACCAUGUUGUAUUAUCAAAUUUCAGAAAAAAGGGGUCUUUGUAAGAGUGAAGUCUAUAGAUGUAUCUCUUAUAAGACAUAUUAAGAAAAGUACGUUGUCAUUUGCACAACGCCAUUGUGCACGGUGAGACAAAAUGUUCUGAACACGUGCGCAUGUUACUCAAAUUUUCUGAAUUGAAAAAUUGAAAAAAGGUGCAGCCGAUGAGCGUCAAGAACAUUUGAAUCCAAAAUGCCGAGAUGCAUGUGGCAAUCUGUAGUCGCAUCAUUUGAGAGAGACCUAUAUGUCACUAAUAUUGCAGUAACUGAAAAUU